AUGGCGUCAAACGAGCAGGAAACUGUGGGAGUGAUCCUUUAAAUUCAUGCUUUCAAAGCAUAUAAUUUAGAAUUACUUAAAAUGAGCGAAAGGGACUAUGCUCCGUUGAGUGCUUCUUGUAUUAGAGCACUCAAUGACAAGCUGUAUGAAAAGAGAAAAGUGGCAGCGUUGGAAAUAGAAAGAAUGGUGAAAGACUUCUCCACAUCCCUUCAGUUUGAUCAAAUAAAACGGAUCCUGAAAGUCCUUGGUGAUGACUUCGCAUAUUCCAGUAACCCCAACACCCGGAAAGGGGGACUGAUUGGGCUUGCUGCCACAGCCAUAGCACUGGGAAAAGAUUCCAGCAGCUACAUCAACGAGCUGGCCAAACCCGUGAUAGCGUGCUUCCAUGACCCUGACAGUCGUGUGAGAUACUACGCGUGUGAGGCCCUCUACAACAUCGUCAAAGUCUCCAGGGGUUCUGUUCUACCGUUUUUCAACGAAAUAUUUGAUGGCUUGAGUAAGUUGGCAGCAGAUCCUGACCAGAACGUCAAAAAUGGAGCUGAACUGCUCGACAGACUCAUUAAGGACAUUGUGACAGAAAGUUCAUCCUUUGACCUAGUUGCAUUCAUCCCACUGCUCAGAGAGAGAAUCUACACAAAGAAUGCUUUUGCUAGACAGUUUGUGGUGUCAUGGGUGGAGGUCUUGGAUGCUGUUCCUGACAUCAAUAUGUUGGUUCUCCUACCAGAAAUACUAGAUGGGCUAUUCCAGAUCUUGGGGGACAGCAGUCAUGAGAUACGCAAACUGUGCCAGGGUGUCCUGGAAGAGUUUCUUACUGGCAUCAAGAAGUCAAAAAAUGGUGUCAAUUUCACAGGGAUGGCAAACAUACUCAUCAUUCACAGUCAGAAUACAGAUGAUCUGAUACAGAGCACGGCUAUAACCUGGCUACGGGAGUUCAUUGUGUUGUCAGGGCGCACUAUGCUGCCUCAUAUGGCAGGAAUACUCAACGCAAUUCUUCCCUGUUUGGCUUACAAUGAUGACACACGGAGAAAAGGCCAUAGACAUCCUGAUGCAAUUCACACUGAAAGGGUUCGGGAGGCAGCAGAGAACCUGAAUGUCAGUCUACAGAAACUGAUAGAGAUGCAGGAUGACCUGCCUACACCCACCCUGGAGUCACUGGCAGACUCCACCCUCAACUCUCACCCUGAUGCAAGCAGGGGGACAUCACCUGACACAGAGUCAGCCCCACCAGAGAGUUCCAGUGCAAUACAGUUGGAUGUUUUAUCUGUGAUCAAAGUUUUACAACGAAUGUUAGGCCACAAAGCUAUACAGACUAGAGUUUCAGCCCUACGGUGGUUCAGCCUACUUCUAUCAAAGACACCCAAUAAGACCUUUCGAUAUAUAGAUGAGUUCUUCAAACUUCUUCUCAACACUUUGUCCGACCCAUCUGAUGAUGUGGUGUUACUAGAUCUUGAAGUCUUGGCAGAAAUUUCAUCCAAUCCUGCUGGUGACAAUUUUACCACAGAAACUACAAAUUUGACAAUUCCAAGUCCUGUGAGGCAGUUGGUGGAUCUACAGAAAGGUCUCAAUCAGUAUUUCACCAAGUUCAUGAUUCAUCUGCUGGACCUGUUCAAGACAGACAGACAAUUGUUGGAAGAUAGAGGAUCUUUUAUUAUUAGACAGCUUGCUGUAUAUCUGAAUGCCGAUGCGUUGUUCCGGUGCCUGGCUGAGAUCCUGCCCCAGGAGGAGGACGUGACCUUCGUAUGUACCAUGGUUCAGACACUGAACACCAUCCUCCUCACAUCCACGGAACUCUUCCAUCUCAGGUCGCAACUCAAAGAUCUGCAAACAGAGGAGAGCUGUUCGCUGUUCUGUUGCCUGUACAAGUGCUGGUGUCACAGUCCUGUAGCAACGGUGUGUCUGUGCUACUUGUCACAGAACUACACACAUGCCUGCAAUCUCCUUCACUCCUUUGGUGACCUUGAGGUGACUGUGGACUUCCUGAAGGAGAUUGACAAGCUGGUACAGCUCAUUGAGUCUCCUAUCUUUGUGUAUUUACGCCUGCAGCUGCUUGAUGUAGAGAACAAUGAAGACCUGAUCAAGAGUCUGUAUGGACUACUGAUGUUGCUGCCGCAGUCCGAGGCAUUCAAGCUGCUGCGGUACCGACUUGAGUGCAUCCCACACUACCAUUUCCAUGACAAAACAUCAAAACCUAAGAAAAAAGAAGAGAGGCCACUUGUAGCUAAGAUAAACUUUGAAGAACUGUUAGCUCAUUUUCACAAAGUACAGGCGAAACAUCGUGAUUCCAAGCGUAGUCAGCAUGCCCUAAAGCUGUCAGCAGUUAAAGCACUCAAUAUACAGUGAACCACUGUUAGAAAACAACAUAAUUUAUGCAAGAUAGAUAAUAUAAGUGUUAAUACCCUGGUAUAUAUAUUUGCACAGUGUGAUGCUGGUGUUGUCAGACACCAUGAGAAUGUAGUUAAGUUGACAGUAAUGUCUGACUGUAUGCUAUCACCUGAGUGGAACAGAAAACAAAAAUUGUUAUGCUUGUGAAACAGGCACAGCUGUAUUUGCUCAGAAAAAUAUGAGCAUUAGAUAUGGCUUGCAGGGGAAGGGACGACAACA